CCUAAUGGCUGUUACAGUCGCUCACAUGCAGCAACCAGCCUUCUGACAUUCUGGCCCGAAAUAAAGAGCAACGGUGUCCACACGAUCCCUCUCUGCACGCCAGUAGGGGAGACUUUGGCCAGCAUUAAAGUAAGGUUUGUGAUCGCUCAUGAUGAGGAUAGCUGUGAUUGGUCAGAGUGUUUUUGGCCUGGAGGUGUACAAGGAGUUGAGGAAGGAGGGCCACACCAUCGUUGGAGUGUUCACUAUACCUGACAAGGAUGGCAAAGCCGACCCUCUAGGCGCGGAGGCUGAGAAGGAUGGCGUGAACGUCUUCAAGUUCCCACGCUGGCGCCUGAAGGGGAAAGGCAUCCCGGAGGUGGUGCAGGUCUACAAGGCCACGGGGGCCGAGCUCAACGUCAUGCCCUUUUGCUCCCAAUUCAUCCCCAUGGAGGUCAUCGACCACCCGGCCCACGGUUCCAUCAUCUACCACCCCUCCCUGCUGCCCCGACACAGGGGGGCCUCCGCCAUCAACUGGACCUUGAUCCACGGGGACAAGAAAGGUGGGUUCACUGUGUUCUGGGCGGAUGACGGACUCGACACUGGACCAAUCCUGCUGCAGAGGGAGUGUGAUGUGGAGCCUGAUGACACUGUCAACACCAUCUACAAGAGGUUCCUCUUCCCUGAGGGAGUGAAAGGCACAGUGGAUGCAGUGAGGCUGAUCGCAGCAGGGAAUGCCCCAAAGAUCGUCCAGCCAGAGGAGGGAGCCACCUAUGAGGGGAUUCAGAAGAAAGACAAUGCCAAGAUUGACUGGAACCAGUCUGCACAGGUCCUACACAACUGGAUCAGAGGAAAUGACAAGGUGCCUGGAGCCUGGGCAGAGGUUGAUGGACAGAAGGUGACGUUCUACGGUUCCUCUCUGCUAGACAGUGGUGCAACUGCUAUUGGUCAGCCCCUGGAGAUCCCUGGUGCCAGUCAACCCGGUCUGGUCUCUAAGGCAGGCCUGAUGCUGUUUGGCAACGACGGCAAAGCGUUGCUAGUGAAGAACCUGCAGUUUGAGGAUGGGAAGAUGAUCGCGGCGGCAAGGUACUUCAGCUCGGGGAGCUGCGCUUCUGUGGAGCUCACUGAGGAGGAGAAGGCCUUCGCUGAGCAAAUGAGGGGUGUGUGGAAGAGCAUCUUGACUAAUGUGGAUGUCAUCGAGGACUCCACUGACUUCUUCAAGUCUGGGGCUGCUUCUAUGGACGUGGUCAGACUGGUAGAGGAGGUGAAGCUGAGAGCCAGUGGGUGUCAGCUGCAGAAUGAGGACGUGUACAUGAACACCACCUUCCACUUCAUCCAGAUGUGUGUGAGGAAACUCCGAGGGGAGGAUGACGAGGAGGAGCUGGUCGUUGACUACGUGGAGAAGAACAUCAACAACAUGACCAUCCGGAUGCCUCACCAGCUCUUCGUCAACGGGGAGUUUGUGGACGCAGAGGGAGGGAAGACGUACAAGACCAUCAACCCCACAGAUGGAACAGCUAUCUGUGAUGUGUCUUUAGCUCAAGCCAGUGACGUGGACCGAGCUGUAGCGGCCGCCAAGGAGGCGUUCGAGGAGGGAGAGUGGGGAAAGAUAAACCCCAGAGACAGAGGCAGACUCCUAUAUAAGCUGGCUGACCUGAUGGAGGAGCACCAAGAGGAGUUAGCCACCAUAGAGUCCAUGGACUCUGGGGCCGUAUACACACUGGCCCUGAAGACCCAUGUAGGCAUGUCCAUCCAGACCUUCCGCUACUUCGCUGGCUGGUGUGACAAGAUCCAGGGCUGCACCAUCCCCAUCAACCAGGCCCGACCCAAUCGCAACCUUACCUUCACCAAGAAAGAACCAAUCGGAGUGUGUGCUAUCGUAAUUCCCUGGAACUACCCUCUCAUGAUGUUGGCCUGGAAAACAGCUGCCUGUCUGGCUGCUGGUAACACUGUGGUCCUCAAACCUGCCCAAGUGACUCCACUGACAGCGAUGAAGUUUGCUGAAUUGGCUGCGAGGGCAGGAUUCCCCAAGGGAGUGAUCAAUAUCCUCCCUGGAUCAGGUGCUCUGGUGGGCCAGCGUUUGUCCGACCACCCGGACGUCCGGAAGCUUGGCUUUACUGGCUCCACUGAGAUAGGGAAACACAUCAUGAAGAGCUGUGCAGUCAGUAAUGUGAAGAAGGUGUCCCUAGAACUGGGGGGUAAAUCUCCACUCAUCAUCUUCAGUGACUGUGACAUGGACAAGGCCGUCCGCAUGGGAAUGAGUGCUGUAUUCUUCAACAAGGGAGAGAACUGCAUUGCAGCAGGCAGACUCUUUGUGGAAGAGAACAUCCAUGACCAGUAUGUCAAGAGAGUGGUGGAGGAGGUUAAGAAGAUGAAGAUUGGAGAUCCUCUGGACCGCUCCACAGACCACGGACCCCAGAACCACAAGGCCCACUUGGACAAGCUGGUGGAGUACUGCCAGACAGGCGUGAGGGAAGGCGCCACUCUGGUGUGUGGGGGCAAACAGGUCUCCCGCCCAGGAUUCUUCUUUGAGCCCACCAUCUUCACCGAUGUUCAGGACCACAUGUACAUUGCUAUAGAGGAGUCGUUUGGCCCCGUCAUGAUCCUCUCCAAAUUCAAGAGCGGGGAUGUGGACGAGGUUCUGCGGAGGGCCAAUGCCACUGAGUAUGGCCUGGCAUCAGGAGUGUUCACCCGUGACAUCAGCAAGGCGCUGUAUGUCAGCGAGAAGCUCAACGCCGGCACCGUCUUUGUCAACACCUACAACAAGACGGACGUGGCAUGUCCCUUUGGCGGAUUCAAGCAGUCCGGCUUUGGCAAAGACCUGGGACAAGAGGCUCUUAACGAAUACCUGAAGACCAAGGCUGUCACUGUAGAGUACUAAAUAUACAGCUCUGGAAAAAAUGAAGAGACCACUACAAAAUUAUCCGUUUCUCUGGUUUUACUAUUUAUAGGUAUGUUUUUGGUUAAAAUGAAAAUGUUUGUUUUAUUCUAUAAACUACUGACAACAUUUCUCCCAAAUUCCAAAUAAAAAUAUUGUAAUUUAAGAGCAUUUAUUUGCCGAAAAUUUGAAUAAUCAAAAUAACAAAAAUAUGCAGUGUUGUCAGACCUUGAAUAAUGCAAAGAAAAUAAGUUCAUAUUCAUUUUUAAACAACAUAAUAUCGUUUUAACUUAGGAAGAGUUCAGAAAUCAAUAUUUGGUGGAAUAACCCUGAUUUUCAAUCAGACUGAUCCUCCACCAAAUUUCACAGUGGUUGCGAGACAGAGCAUGCCAAGACGCAUGAAAGCUGUAAAACCAGAGACAUUGAUAAUUUUGCAGUGGUCUGUUAAUUUUUUCCAGAGUUAUAGAGAGAUGUGUGGUAGCUACCCACUGGGCACAGACGUCAGUUCAACAUCUAGUUUUGAUUUGCAUUUGGUUGAGUUGUCAACUAACACGAAUUCAACCCAAGAAAUUCACCAUGUCAUUGGAUUUAGGUUAAAAGUUUGGUAAAAAAUCCAAGCAGUUUUCCUGUUGAUUCAACGUUAACACAUUAUUAUAUAUCUUUUUUUAAAUGGCUUGGAAACAAUGUUGAUUCCAAACUGUUUUUGCCCAGUGGGUUUUCUCUCUUUAUAAUCAGACCAUAUGUCACUAAGCAAUUUCCUGAACUAAAUGUGAACGAUAGACGAGGCUGACAGGAAACCUAAUACCUCCACAUGCCCUGAUGAACAAUUUUACUUGUAAUUCAGUCUUUCUGAAAUGUGAUUAACCCUCUAAUAUUUCUUAGUGCUGUUUAGCAAAAUUACUUAUGAAAUUGAAUAUUUUUAUGGACGAGAAAUACAAUGUGAAAUGAUUUCACCCUCUUAGAAAUAAGAAAUAUUCACGUUAUGUUGUAGCAGUGGUCAACACUGGUAAAUCUACUAACAAUAUUUGAAAUUGUCUACACUAGUGGUUCCCAACGUUUGAGAGUCUUGUACCCCUUCAAACAUUCAACAUCCAGCUGCGUACACCCUCUAGCACCCGGGUCAACGCACUGUCAAAUGUUGUUUUUUUUGCCAUCAUUGUAAGCCUGCCACACACACACUAUACAAUACAUUCAACAUAAGAAUGAGAAAUCUGGCAGUGGCUUCUGAUUAAAUUCUCACCGAACCGCUUGUUGCAAUUUUGAUGAGGCUCUCUCGUUCAGAUAUCUGUAAGUGGACUGGAGGCAGGGCCUGAAAGGGAUAACGAAUCCAGUUGUGUCAACCGUUUCGGAAAAGUAUGUGCUUAAUUGCAUAUCCAACUCACUCAAGUGCUUCGCUAUAUCACAUUUGACAUUGUAUGUAAGCUUGAGUUUAAAAAAGCAUCACCCAGAUAGGCCAGUCAUGUGAGAAACUCAUCAUCAUGCAAGUGGUCAGACAAGUGAAAAUUAUGGUCAGUAAAGAAAAGUUUAAGUUGUCUCUCAAUUCAAAAGAAACGUUUCAAUACUUUGCCCCUUGAUAACCAGCGUACUUCUGUAUGAUGUAAAAGCAUUACAUGGUCGCUGCCAAUAUGAUUGCAUAGUGCAGAAAAUACACGAGAGUUCAUGGGCCUUGCUUUAAGAAAGUUAACCAUUUUCACUGUAGUGUCCAAAACGUCUUUCAAGUUGUCAGGCAUUCCCUUGGCAGUAAGAGCCUCUCGGUGGAUGCUGCACGGUACUCAAGUGGCAUCGGGAGAAACUGCUUGCAUGCGUAUUACCACUUCACUAUGUCUCCCUGUCAUGGCUUUUGCACCAUCGGUACAGAUACCAACAUGAGCAGCAGCUACGUUUGGCUACAUACAGAUCGUUAGUGGAAUUCCAGCAAGAGAGUAACGGUUCAUGUGAUUGGAUGUUAAUUAUUUGACUAGCCUACCUGUAUUUGACACUAGAUGGUUUCAUUUUAUUUUUGGCAGUGAAACAAGGCAACUCAGAAGAUUAAAAAAAGCUCACCCAAAUGUAUAGCCCGGUUGGAAAAUAUAAAUGGACUGUUUGAAAAUGUGGAGAGAAAAAAAGUAAAAUGUUAAUUUUUUUAUUUUCUUACUGUUGAUCACAUUUUAUUUGGCAUACCCCGACGGCAUUGCACCCCAGUUUGGGAAUACCUGGUCUACACAAUAGAUGUGUUGUGUUCAUGGACAAUACUGGAUGACAAUUUAAUGGAACUUUAUGAAUGAUGAUCUCCAUAUCAGAGCUUGAACAAGCACCUUUUUACUAGUUUUCCUGAUUCAUUAAAAUCACAAAGGUUUAUACAGUAA